AAAUUUAAAUGCGUAAUAAAACCCUAGACAUUUUCUUCUCCUCUUCCAGCUUUGGGACGCCGCUUCUUUCUUCAGGCACAUCUUCUAGGGUUUCUCCCCGCAGCUUCAGAGGAAGGUUAAGAAAAUGAGUCGAGGUGGUGCAGUUGCUCCCAAGGGGAAGAAGAAGAAUGUGUCCUUCACCAUCGACUGCUCGAAGCCAGUCGAGGACAAAAUCAUGGAGAUUGCUUCGCUUGAGAAGUUUCUUCAGGAGAGGAUCAAGGUGGGGGGUAAGGCCGGCGCCCUCGGUGAUACUGUCACCAUCACCCGUGACAAGAACAAGAUCACUGUCACUUCUGACAGCCAGUUCUCCAAGAGGUAUCUCAAGUACUUGACAAAGAAGUACCUGAAGAAGCACAACGUGAGGGAUUGGCUUCGUGUGAUAGCUUCGAACAAGGACAGGAACGUCUAUGAGCUGAGGUACUUCAACAUUGCAGAGAACGAAGGAGAAGAAGAAGAUUAAAACAAUGCCCCCUUGAGCCACCAGUUCAGUUUUAGAACACUAAUAUACUCUCUGUUUCUGUGUUUUCUGGUCGAUGCUCCUCUCUUUGGUCGUCACCAACUCUUGUGCUAGAAUCUUAAAGUUUGGUUUAAAUCUUCUCUCUUUCGCUGUUGAACUCCACUUUAUAUUGAUUUUGUUUGUUUAAAACAUUGCUCGAGUUCUAGGAGCAGUCUCUUGAGAGAAAUAUUCUGCAAGGUAA